CCUCCCCUCACACUUCCCCCACCCUCACCUGAUCUUGGAGUAGCCUCUCCAGGCAGCCAGGGCUUGGUGGCCUUUGGGCAUACCCAGUGGGUUCUCAAUUUCCUAGAUGGGAUGAAGCCUAAGGGAAGAAGCCUUGGGUUCCCACUAGGGUGUGAGUCUGGCGCUACCUGUACUAGAGAGGCAGGCUCAGCUGGUAGGGUCCCUUCCAAGGCCAAGGUGAUCUGGCCACCAGUUGUGGGCUUGGAGCAGCCUGGGGAGCAAGGCGGAAGCUGCUGUUAGAAACAUCUACCCACUGUCUUACCUGGACACCUGUUGCGUGCUCGGCCUAGGGCUGGUAUGUUAGAGCCAUCUCUCUGCCCUAGGAGCAGGAAAUGUGGCUGGGUAGAGGUGAGACAGUGGUGAUGCUGGGAGUUAGGCUGUGGCAGAGGUCAGUAGGGAUCAGCCAUGAGGGCAUCAGGGAGGGUUCUCUGAAAAUAUUUGAGCCAGGCCUUAAAGGAGACUUAUUCACCUGGGCACAGAGGGAUUAGGGGAACAUUCCAUAGCAUCCCAUCUAUGCAAAGACAAGGAUGAGAGUCUGUUGACAAGUCUGUCCCAGACUUCAUAAACCUGUUGCUGCACCAUAGUCCAUACGCAAUGCCCCCAGCCCCCCAAGGAUGCUCUGUAACCACAGUAAGGGUUUGUUCUAGGCUAGGUACUAGUGCCACAGGGGCCACAUGAGCUUUGCGAUUGGACAGUUCUGGGUUCAAGUCUCAUCAGGCCACUUUUCAAGCUAGCUUUGCAUAGGCCCUUCUCUUGUCUAGAAAAAUGGGUGUGAUACCCAUCACCUCAUAGGGCAGCUAUGAGAAUCCAUAAAAGUGGCCAGUCCCCUCUUUGAGCCCCUGGGUCACUGGCAGGACUCUUGCCUCCUAGGAGAGUGGGUGCUGGGUGCCAGGCUAAUAGCUAUCUCCAGGGCAGCCAGAAGGCUCUAAGUGCUGAUUAAGCAGAAGGGGCCUCUGGUGGUGGCUCAGCUCUUGGUAGUAGGUGGGAUGAGUGCUGCUGCUUCUUGAGGGAAACUGGAGAGGGCCUUGCCCAAGGUCUUCCAGCUGGUUAAUGGCUGCUGCAGAAUGGUGAGGAAGCCAGCUGAAAAUGAAGCUGGAUCCUACCCAUAAGGUGUAAGGUUGGGGCCUAAGGUACAUUUGCUCUGUUUUGGUGGGAGGGCAGUUCAGUGUCUGUGCAGAAGACAAAGCCCACCCUGAGCAGGUGUGCAAGGGUGAGUGGGUGCCAGGUGGACCAGUAGGUCCCUGGAGCACUCUGCCUGUAGGUAGGUCACAACCUCCCACCAGGGACCUCCCACAAUCCCCCUUCCCUGGUAGGCACCCAGGGAACUUGUUGGCUACAGUUCACCUCAUCAAAGUUCUUACCACAGUGAGUUCCUUAGCAGUGAAAACUCCCAGAAUUCACUUCCCAACAAGCCUUUCUUAAGGUCACCUAACCACCCAGCUCUAUGGUGGGAAUUGGCAACCCGGAUGUAGACAAGGCCCCCGCCAGUUUGGAGCUCUCUCUGGUAGGGAGAUAGAAAUGGGAACAGCUAAGACCUAGUGUGAUCAGCACUGUGGCAGGGAUGAUUCUAGAGCUGGUGGGGCUGGGACUGCUGAGGAGCUGGGGGUCAACGCCCCUUUGGCCACAAAAAUGUCAGAGUUAGUACCCUCCAGGAUUCGGAGCCAGAUAUACCUGGGUGGAGGAGCCAGAUGGAUGGUCUAGGGCCUCUAGUGGUUUAGCAUGGCUUGGGGUGGGUGCGGUGGGGUGAGUGAUGAGUGUGUGAUAAGUGAAAGAAGGGAGCAACUGGAGCCAAAGCGCUACACUGGGCUUUGAAAGCCAUGUAAAAGAUGCCUCAUCUAGAAGGCAGGGGAAUCCCUGAAAGAUUUUAACUGGUUUUGUCAGGGUGUCUGCUUAGCAUGUACAAAGGCACCCCAUGUUUACUUUGGGGAGCCUCCUGUCUCAGUCCAUGUGGUUUAGAUGGGGCUGGGUUUACACCCCCUGUGUACACAUACACCUAGAGUGUGGGACCCAGCUGUUAGAGAUCUUUGGUUGCAAGCGACAGAACUGUUCUCCAACUAACUUAGAGUGUUAAAAAGGUUAUGGAGGGGUGUGAUAGGAAGAACCAGAACUGGGGCACCUCCAGGGUCUUAGUCACAGUCCCCAUUCUCAUCAGGAUAUGACCCCCAGAAGCAAGAUGGCUACAGCCAUGUUUGUGUCUGCAUCACUGAGCCUGACUGCAAACCCAAGGAGCCCAAAUGGCCCAGCUGGAAAUCUGCCCACUGUUCACUGGGGGAGCAGGGCACUUGGGUUCACAAGCCCAGUAUGAUGGCACCCAGGGGGUGCAAUGAGUCCCCCCCCCCCCCGCCCUGAUGAAACAGGGUGCCUUGUAACCAAAGAAAAGGAAAUGGAUACUGGGUGGCUGAACACAUAUCCCUCCAACUGGAUUGGUUCACUGAAGGAUACUAAGCCAAAAUGAAUCCAAAAAGAGUCUUUUGGGGGGCUGGCUACAAUUAUUGGGAAAGAAUUGAGGUUCUAUUUUCUGGGGUUGGGUGGCAGGAUAUAAACCUAGAGCUGGGGCAGGGAGGUCAUCCUUGCCACCACAUGGGAAUUUUCAAGAAUGAUGCGAACAGAAGAAAGAGUGGAGAGAAUAGAUACAUGUGUGAUACCAUUGUUGGGACACCUGGAACCAAUUGUGAUCGUAGCUAAAAUCUACCUCUGGACUUCUCAGUUACAUGAGUCAAACACUUCUGCGUCCAAGCCUGUUUGUUUUGGGAUUCUGUCACUUGCAAACCAAAAUGUCCCAGCUGGUAUGGUGGUGGAGGGUUUUGUUUUUUGUUUUUUUAAGUUUAAUUGUUUUUGAGAGAGAGAGAGAGAGCGCGCGCGCGCGCGCGCGCGCAGGGGAGGGGCAGAGAGAACGGGAGAGAAUUCCAAGCAGGCUCUAUGCUGUCAGUGUGGUGCCGGACACUGAGGUGACCCUCACUAGUACUCACCUCUGUACCUUGGGUAUGAGCAGGGUCCACGAAGCCCAAGGCUAUGGAUCCAGCACUGGGUCUCCUCCCCGUACCACUUCUUAGUAGAAGUGGUGAUGUAUGCUCACUGAAGACACACUGGGAGGGGCCAUGAGUUGGGAGGGGCCAUGCCUUGGUGAGCUGGAACAACAUUGGGGUAACCUGCCUGCUCCAACUCUUGCCCGCUACAUGUGUACUGUGCAUUUCAGGAUGUGGCCGGUGCCUGGACUUGUGUGUGCUUUCCGGGUUGAGCUGUAUGUGUGUGUCAGCUGCUUGACUGAGCAUCCUGUGUGCUCGGCCGAUUGUGUACACCCGGUCUGCCUGCGUGCGCCCGUUCCGGACAGCCUGUUGCCAGGAGCGGUGCGGAGUGGCGCGUGCAUUCCCUGUGCAGGGUGAACCCAGCGCCCCGCGUGUGAGUCUCCGCGCCUGAAUCUCCGCGCGGCAGGUCCCGCGCGGCCCCGGGUGAGGCCCACCCGCGCUCCCACCGGCGCCAUGGAAAGGAGCGGGCGCCGCUGCUCUUGCCCCCCGCCGGCGCGCGCACAGCUUGAGCCCCGCCGCGAGCAGCCCCCGGCCGCAGGUCCCCGAGUGACGCUGGCGGCGCCUGGGAGCGUGGCGCGGGCCCGGGGCCACGUAGAGGAACCCAGUGUCCAGUGAAGCAGCCGAGGACCCGCCGCCCCGCCGCCGCCAUGGUUAUGUCCCAGGGCACCUACACGUUCCUCACGUGCUUCGCCGGUUUCUGGCUCAUCUGGGGUCUCAUCGUCCUACUCUGCUGCUUCUGCAGCUUCCUGCGCCGCCGCCUCAAACGGCGCCAGGAGGAACGACUACGUGAGCAGAACCUCCGCGCCCUCGAGCUGGAGCCCCUCGAGCUCGAGGGCAGCCUGGCCGGAAGCCCCCCAGGCCUAGCGCCGCCACCACCACCGCAGCGCGGCCGCCUCGAGGCGCCGGCGCACGCGCAUCAGCACGUGCACGUCCACCCGCUGCUGCACCACGGGCCGGCGCAGCCACACGCACACCCGCACGCACACCACCACGCGCUUCCUCAUCCGCCGCCCCCGCACCUCUCAGUGCCGCCGCGGCCUUGGAGUUAUCCGCGUCAAGCGGAAUCGGACAUGUCCAAGCCACCGUGCUAUGAAGAGGCGGUGCUGAUGGCCGAGCCGCCGCCGCCCUACAGUGAGGUGCUCACGGACACGCGCGGCCUCUACCGCAAGAUCGUCACACCCUUUCUGAGCCGCCGCGACAGCUCGGAGAAACAGGAGCAGCCGCCGCCCAGCUACAAGCCGCUCUUCCUGGACCGGGGCUACACGUCAGCGCUGCACCUGCCCAGCGCUCCGCGGCCUGCGGCCCCCUGCCCUGCGCUCUGUCUGCAGGCGGACCGUGGCCGCCGGGUCUUCCCUAGCUGGACCGACUCGGAACUCAGCAGCCGCGAGCCGCUGGAGCACGGAGCUUGGCGCCUGCCGGUCUCCAUCCCCUUGUUCGGGAGGACUACAGCCGUAUAGAGGGGCGUCCGGCGUUCCGGGCCUCACCCGCGAACUCGUGGCCUGACUGCGGGGCUUUUUAAACGCUUCCCUUGGACUGCGGGGAGGGGUGGGGAGGGAGGGA